UAAAAUAGCUCUUUCCUCAGCUUAGAAGCUACGUUAACCCGUUGACUAAAAAGUUUAACCGCUCACGAGCAGAAAAGGUUAGGUAGUUACAUAAUCAUCGUAAGAGUUACCGGCGCCGUAGAAACAAGUAAUGACAAACCGAAACGCGCCACGUGUCAUUCUGCUUCCCCAUUCCUUCGAUUUGCCUUGGCAGUUGCCCCACCUUCACUCUUCUAAAUCCAAAGAUUCCUCCCCAAAAGCCGAAAAUCCAGACCACACCAAACCAGUUUUAUAACAAAAAAGCUCUUCCUUUGGUUCUUUGCUUCUGUUUGAAACCCAUUACCAUCUGUCUUGGCUCCUGAUUGAGGAAAUUCCAACAUGGGAAACGCCUUGAGGUUCCUAUACGAACAAUGUUGCAAGCCCACCACAGCUGGGGACUCCGAAUUACUAGGACAUCAUGGUGUGUCGUCGGCCAAGGUCGGCGUAUCAGCUCUCGCCCAGGAUCUCUUCCAUUUUGAGAUCACCUCCCAGGUCCCGGAAGGACUCGGCAAGCAUGUCGUCUCAUCCAAGAAGGCUCAAGCUAAUUGGUACAGAAAAUUAAUAGAGGCAUGGAGAGAAGCAAAACCCCCUCCAAAAACACCUGAAGAAGCUGCUACACUUAUCAUUGGGACUCUAAAGAGACACCAUAAAGCAGAUGUUAAGGGUUUAUUGACUUUCUACGGUCUCCCUCUUCCUCAUACCUUAGCUAAACUUAAGGUUGGGGCCCCAGCAUCAUUGCCUGUUGGCGUAAAGUAUGAAUUUGAGACGUUGCCGGUUGAUGCAAAAGCUGUAGCAGAUGGAGAUACUAUGACGGUGUAUGUUAGUACGAUAGACCCCCAAGAGUCAUCGUGCAUUCCUAGUGAGGUACAGAUGGCAGCUGUCCAAAGAUCAGAAGCACGUGCUGAGAAGAAUUAUGCAAAGGCUGAUGCACUUCAUAAAAGAAUUGUUGAUUCUGGAUAUAGGGUACUCAAUUUUCAGAACAAUGAGGAGAUCCUUGCCCGUAAGUAUAGAAUUCGACUAAAGGGAAUAGAUGCACCAGAGAGUGCAAUGCCAUAUGGGAAAGAAGCAAAGGAAGAGCUGACUAAGAUUGUUCAGGGAAAGUCUUUGAGAGUCCUUGUUUACGGGGAAGAUCGUUAUGGCCGCUGCGUAGGUGAUCUACAUUGCAAUGGCAAAUUCGUGCAGGAAUUAAUGCUCAAGAAAGGGUUUGCAUGGCACUACACAGCCUACGACCAACGCUCAGAACUUGCAAAAUGGGAAAAAGAGGCUCGAGCAAAGCGAGUUGGGCUGUGGGCUUCAUCGAAUCCUGAGAAGCCAUGGGAAUGGAGAAAGGACAAACGCGGAGGGAGAUAGUGUUGUCCUUUUCUCCUUGUCUCUCUGUGUUUAACCAUUUGAGCUAAGCAAGUGAAAACCAGAGUCAUAAAAAUGGACUUAUAUCCAAGAGCAUAAAAGAGUCUCCACGCCCUUAUAUGUAAUAAUGUAACACGUCUAAUAGUUGUUGGGCUUCUAUAAUAAGUAGUUGGACUGGGGGCAUGACAGAUUGUAAUUUAUUGUAACUUAUUGGGCUUAAUCAAUAAGUGGGCUGGUACAAAUAGAUAGAGAAAAUGGAAGGAAAGUUGUAUUCAGUUUUAGAUAGAGAAGUAAUUUAACACU